CUAACACAUGGUUGAUGCAGGCGGUCCUUGCUAAUAUUUUUCUUGCUGAAAACGAUUAUUUGAGUGUGUGUCCAUUUUCAUUCCGCUUCCAAAUGAAAGUCAAAGUCCUUUCAAGGAACCCGGACGAUUAUGUCCGGGAGACCAAACUAGAUAUUCAGCGUGUCCCUAGAAACUACGACCCUUCCCUUCAUCCAUUUGAGGUGAGCAGAGAGUACACGCGGGCUCUAAAUGCCACAAAGCUGGAGCGGGUGUUUGCCAAGCCUUUCCUGGCCUCCCUGGAUGGUCACAGAGAUGGGGUGAACUGCAUGGCCAAGCAUACCAAAAGCCUCUCCACCCUUCUGUCGGGCUCCUGCGAUGGGGAGGUGAAAAUGUGGAAUCUGACCAAACAUGAUUGCGUCCGCACACUUCAAGCACAUGAAGGUUUUGUGCGAGGAAUGGUUGUCCGCUUCUGUGGAACAUCCUUUUUUACGGUUGGCGAUGACAAAACAAUCAAGCAAUGGAAAAUGGAAGCACCGGGUUACGGAGAGGCAGAGGAGCCGCUAAACACAAUCCUGGGCAAGACUGUAUUUACGGGACUGGACCAUCACCAGAAGGAGGCUGUGUUUGCAACUUGUGGCCAGCAGGUGGACAUCUGGGAUGAGCAGAGGAGCAGUCCGAUCCGCUCUUUUACCUGGGGUGUAGACAGCUUCAGCUCUGUCCGCUUCAACCCUGUGGAGACUGAACUUCUUGCUAGCUGUGCCUCUGACAGGAGUAUAGUGCUGUAUGACAUGAGAGAAUCAGCGCCACUUAAAAAGGUUAUUAUGACAAUGAGGAGCAACACAUUAUGUUGGAAUCCCAUGGAAGCCUAUCACUUUACAUGUGCAAAUGAGGACUACAACCUCUACACAUACGACAUGAGGAACCUGAACAAGCCCUUCACAGUACACAUGGACCAUGUCUCUGCAGUGCUGGAUGUCGACUAUUCUCCUACUGGGAAAGAGUUUGUGUCUGCCAGCUUUGACAAGACCAUCCGCAUCUUCCAACAGGAUGGUGGACACAGCAGGGAAGUGUACCACACCAAGCGCAUGCAGCACGUCAUCUGCGUAAAGUGGUCGGCAGACAACAAGUACAUCCUGAGCGGUUCUGAUGAAAUGAACAUCCGACUGUGGAAAGCCAACGCAGCUGAGAAACUAGGAGUGCUGGCCCCCAGAGAGAGGCAGGCCAUCAACUACAAUCGGAAGCUGAAGGAGAAGUUUCAGCACCACCCGCAAAUCAGACGGAUCGCUCAUCACCGACAUCUGCCCAAGAACAUCUACCACCAGACCAAGGAGCUCAGAAUCAUGAAGGAAGCUCGCCGGAGAAAGGAGAGAAACGUCCGCAAGCACAGCAGACCAGGAACUGUUCCUGUGGUGUCCGAGAAGGAGAAGCACGUUGUCACUGUGGUGAAAUAGAGCGAGCUGGAGGGGAGAACAGAAGACCUAAAGACUGUUGUUAAAUGAUGAGGUGGAGACAGAGUUCACACCAACAUGGGACACACUGAGACUGCUCUGUCUUAAGGAUUAAAAAGCUGUUUAAUUUGUCAGUUGCGGGAACAUCGGUUGACUAAUUAUGCAUCGCUUGACGUACAAGGACACGGACAGUAAAUACUUACAAAAAAACGAAUCGACUUCUGCCUUUUCAGCAGGUUUCACUUUACACACAGAACAGAUGUAAACUCCAAUGUCUGGUUGACUAAUUACACGUUUUGCAUUGUGGAAAUGUACAUUUUGCAUUACUGUAGCCUUGACCACCUCAACUAUUAAGAAACAGGAGGAAUUAAAGACAGGUUAAGUUUAUCCAGUCCCAAAAGAAUGUUCUUUGUCUUCAUACCUACUUACAUCACACUUGUAAAAACUAAGAUUCCUUAAGGUAGACAUAUAAAUAUAUAUAUAUAUAUUUUUUUUUUUCAUGAAUCAGGACUUCAAAAAAUGUGCUGGACUUGUCUUUUAAAACUACUAGAGAUGGCAUGAAUGCCACCAUAUGCUUCAAAGAAACUAGGUUGUAUGAUGUAUAACCACACGUAUUGAGAAUGCAGUACACACUUUUGGACAGUCUCACCAUGAGGACAUUCAUGGUGUUGCUCUCAAUCGUACACAUGAAAAGUGAUUCAUUUAGCUGAGUAGCAAAUGAAAACAAUGAAGUGGAAAAAAGAACUGUCGCUGUUAGCCAGUCAGGCAAACAUUUCUUUUAAAGCAUGUUUGGGCUUCGAAGACAUUUGCAAAGUGUGUUACCAAUGUUAAGUUGACUUUUAGACAUUAAACUGAACUGUGACACCUGAAAUGUUUUAAAUUCCCAUCUGGAAGUUAAGAUGGAAUAUUUUGUUCUUCCUUGCAAAAUCCGCUAGAAAAUUUUCAAAAAGAAUUUUUGUGUUUCUCCUCAUAUUCUGAAUAUUAAGUUCCCAUGGGCUAGUUAACAUGACGCAUGACUUAAAUUCUACAUGUAUGGGAUUUACACUGUUUUUUGAUGUAUAUUUAUAAUAAACUUCUAAACUUAUUUUUUUGCCAUGGUGUAAGAUUGACAAGAA